AUGACCAUGCCAAUUCAAUUUUGGAAAUUGAUAAAGCAUAGGGACAUCAGACGUUUUGCUUGUGCGAACAGGACAAUUUUUCACGGUUAUAUUGGUACCACAAGCUCGCUGAACAGGCAUAUACACACAUCAAUCAAAUGCCGUCAAGACGAUAGUCAGCUUCCAUGGUAUAUGAGACCUGAAGAAUCUCCUAAGAUAUCUUCUCCGUUAAACAAAGUUGAAAUCCCCAAUCUCCCUGAAAAUAGUCCUCAGACUUUGCGAAAUAUAGUGGAGUUCCUUGUCAUAAAGUUGGGUAUAAUAGAUACAGAAGUGUUUGAUCUUAGAGACGAUGAGGAAGGAAAGGUCAACGAGGGUGCAAAGGAUAUUGCAAACUUUAUGGUCAUUGGUACGGGAAAGAGUGCUAAGCAUCUCCGGAAAGCAUCUACCGAGUUGACAUAUUUUAUUAAACAUAAAUUGCAUCAAGUUCCGUCUACAGAAGGACUUGUUACCAAUGGAGAGUAUGCUAAAUAUCAAAGGAGACUCAGAAAGAAGGGUAAAGGAGGGCCGCAGUAUGCUAAAUUUGAUUAUGGGGCUUCUGAAAAUUCCUGGGUUAUGACAGAUUCCAAGUCUGAUGGAAUAUACAUUCAUAUGCUUACUAAAGAUCGUAGAGAAGAUUUAAACUUGGAGUUUCUUUGGGCCAAGGACAAAUCCAAGUAUCAUAACCACGAAGGCCCGAAAGAGAGUGACAAUAUCUUGACUGGCUUGAGAUAUUACUCUACGGCAGCACCUCAUGCCAACGCAGAUGCCACUAUCUUUCACCCCGAAAUAUUGACCAGAGCCAAUUAUGGCCAAAGAUUUCAGCAAUUGAAAAAAGAGCAUCUUGAAGACCCCACCAAAGUUCCUAUAGUCGAAAUCCAGAACCAUUUCGAUGCCAUGCAAGCCAAUGGACUUCAACUUAACGUCGACGAUGUCUACAGUUAUGUUGACCUUAUAUGCCAGUCCUUGGAAUUCCACCUGGGUUUAGAGCAUGAGACUGAUGUGUUUAAUAAGCGGUACCAUUACACAGUCUAUAUAUUGAAACGAUAUCAACCGGUUUUUUCUGGACCAAGGGACUUGAAAAAGCUACUUCCUUUGCUUGUUGUUUCUGGUUCCCAGUUUGACAACGACCAGUUUGUCACAUUGGACAAGUUGUCACAGCUUUCUGACGAUGAACUUUUGCGAUUGGGUGACGAAGUGUUCAAGUAUAGUCCUGUGGUACAUAAGCUUUACCAAAUAUCAUUGAAGUUGACUGGCAAAAGGCUUGACGUUGAUCGAUUUCAGUCCGAGAUGGAUAUUCUUUGUCUUACAAUCUUUACCAACCGUAAGAAUUGGGUAUACAGCAAAAAAGUGGUUGAGAAUGCCUUGAAAAGAGAGGACUUGAACAUUCUCACAGCUGCUUUACGGCUUAUAGCUAUAAAGGGAGAUACUACGAGUUGCUCAGAGUUUUUGAACUUGUAUUACCCUCUUCUGACGUUGUAUAAAGAGUUCGACUUGAAUCAGGACGGAAUAUACGUACGUAUGAUGUUAUCCAAAUGCGAUCCAGAGGGUUCGCAUCAUGAAGAAAUUAGAGAAACUCUAUAG